AAUACUUCAUGAGGACACAGUAGGUCCCUGACCUAGGUCUACCUUUUUCACGGCGUUUUUCGACGCUUUUAAUGUCUAUUUUAGGUACAAUAUGUCAGAAUUACGAAGGAGGAAGGCUGGUCCCAGAAAAGACAAGAAUCGGCCUUCGGCAUCUCAUGCGAACGACAGUUCAAAAGGCCAGCUGAAAUCUGAAAGGAAACCGGAACAAGGGGUUUGGUAUACUUGCGUUAAUUACAUCUUUGGAGCGACUGUUGCCGUGAUUGUGGGACUCAAAUAUGCUCUAUAUGUGCGGGAACUUCACGAAAAUGAUAUGUGGUUCUCCAACAUAGGCGUAAGUGGUCAAAUCAAACAUAAAUGAGCGGAGUUUUAGUGCUGAAUGUGUGUCCAUUGUAGUUAUAUAGCUAUAAUUGCUAACUCAUCUAUUUUACUGUUUUUUUUUCUCAUGUUUGCUUUAAAUUUGAAAUAUAGUCGGUUGCCUUAUAUCGAUUAUUAAAAUUUAAAUAUGACUGGUUCCUAAUAUCCUACGUUGACCGAAUUUGACUGAGCGCUAUUUUUUUCAAAAGUCAAUUGGGAAAUUAGAAUUAAAUAAUCCUUCGACUACUGCCUACUUCAGCGAGAAAUAUUGUAAUGAAUGGUAUUUUUUAAAAGGAGUUGGAUAUUGGUUCUAUUACAAUUUGGCUCAAAUUUUCCUAAUUACUAACUAUUUUUUGCUUCCUUUGACCUGAGCAUUAAAUUUCUCGACACAGCUGAGCAACAUAGUUUUUUCAAAUUAAAAUGUAAACUAAAGAUAAUUUUUUUAAUGUUUGAAUCUUACAAUCUUAGAGUGAUAGAAGUAUUGAAAUCUAAAGAUUUUUGAGAUAAGAAGAGCUAAUUAUACUAUAUAGUAGCAGUGCCAAUGAAACAUUUUUGAAUAUUGAAAAAAAAAAAAAAAAAAAAAAAAAUCAGCAUAAUUCCUUCUGUACAUAUUGUUUAAUUUGCUGCAUACCCAAACAAUAUACAUGCAACCGAGCAACAACAAAUGAGGAGUGAGGACUUUAAGUAAAAAAUGUACUUGAGCUAGCAGCCCACUGACUUCUGAAACCAUAUGUUUGAAGACCAGACAAUGCAACCCAUUAGAUAAAUCGCUAUUUGUUACCAUGAAGCACUGUUAAUUUUUCUGAUAUAUCCUUCAACCCUUUAACCCCUAAGAGUGUCUAGCAUCUAAUUUCUCCUUACAAUAUCACCCUUUAAUCAAACAUUAAGGUCAUGAGAAUAGAGGGAAUGAUCACCAACUAAAGCAGCUAAUGAUUAUUAAACAAAUUCUCUUUGUCAGCACCUUGGGAAAUGUAUAGUGAAUAGAAUGGAGAAUAUGAAUACUGAUGUUAGGGGAGAAAGGGUUAAAUGGGAUUUUUCAAGCAAAGAGCUUUUUUUUAUUCAGCCUUUAGGUAUAGAUGCUUGCUAAAAGUCUGCUUUUAACUCUUUGACCCUUACAUGUGACUAGCAUCUAAUUUCUCCCUACAAUGUCAUCCCUGAGUCAAACAUUAAGUUCACAAGAAUAAAGGAAAUGAUCACCAACUAAAGAAGCUCUUGAUUAUAAAACAAAUUCUCUUUGCAUUUUUAAAAUGUCUCCUAUUUGAUCUUUCACUAUUUCCACAUCUUCUAUUGGCUUUACAUUGCAUUGAUUUCCAAAGGGAAAAUGAAGUAUGUGUCACUUGUAGCAGAGAAAGGGAGAUGGAGACUUUGUAGAACAGAGUAAAAGAGCACAUGUCUAUAUUGUGGUUAACCCUUUAUGCUCUAACAUCAGUAUGCAUAUUCUCUAUACCUUUCUCUAUACAUUUCCUAAGGUGCUGACAAGGAGAAUUUGUUCAAUGAUGAAGAGCUCUCUAAUUGGUGAUCAUUUCCUUUAUUCUUGUGACCUUAAUAAGUUAUUCAGUGGUGACAUUGUAUGGAGAAAUUAGAUGCUAGUCAAUCUUAGCUAUUUAAGGGUUAAAGUAGCUUGAUCCACAUUAUAACUGUAAUAAAUGCACUUAUCAGAUAUUUUGUUGUCAACCUCUUUGAACACUAAACAAUGAAUAUUCCUGGUUUACCCCUUAUUUAGCAAAUAGAGAGGGAAAUAUCCUUCAGAACAGAGUCUGGAUUAUAUUUUUCAUUCUACAAGCAAAUAGUACUAGCGCCGUCGUUAUUACAAGGUAAGCCAAGAACUGUCAAUAGUUUAAUACACUUGCUUUUGAGACUAAUCCAAGGGAAUAUGUAGUUAUUUUUAGCCUGUUUGCAGAGUCAUUUUUGAAAUUCCUAGAAAUAUGUAAAAUAGGAAGGUUUCCUUUUGUCAAAUUUGAAAGUGACUCUUUUAUUAGCCUAAGGGUAAAGAGUUACAAGUAAUACUUUCUAUAGUGGGCCAGUCCCAUUUAAUAAAAGCUUUAAAAGAUCAUCAGAGAGGUCUGAAAUUAUGGGCAGAGUUGUUAUUUGGAUACAAUAAUAAAGUAUUGUCCAGUAUGGCUUUGACAUUGCCAACUAUAAAGAUUGUAACUUUUUCAUAUUGUUUGCUUAUUUUGGUCAGUUGGAAUGGAGGUAAAAUGAAGUAUAUUUAAUUUAGUUCAUGAUCAAACACCAUUUCUUGAUGAAGACUAGAAGAACUAGUUUAGCCAUCAAAAGAUGAUCGAACAUAACAAUUCUUAUUUGCUACUUGUCUUAAAAUUUUGUAGGUAUUCACGAUGUUAUGCAUGACAAUAGAACAGAGCACCUGAGGACAAUAAAUAUUUUAGAGAGAUUUAAUAUUUAUCAAGAAGUUAUUUUAGCAGCUCUGUACAGAAUUUUACCAUUACAGGUACAUGUUCUACUCUUUUGUAGAGAAAUGAUAAUUUUAUGAUCCUUGUAUUUUUUAUAAUUUGACAAUUAGUUUAGGCUACUUAAUUUACCCACUUUUUAUCAUGGAAUUGAUUGAAAGUAGCAGAGCCAAUCAGGUUGCAGCAUUUGUGAUAGAUUGGUUGUAGAGUUACACUAAUUAUAAUUAUGAUUUUUUUUAUAAUUUGCAAUUAGAUAAGAUUAGAUAACGAGGGAAAAGCCUGAAUCAACUGUCUUGCUUAGAAAUUGAGAGCAAGUAAUAUUAUUGUUGUAGUGUAUAUGUACUGGUCAUUUGAAACUAAAUGGCAAGACAGGCUCCUUGUUGUUAUCUAAUUUUGCAUUAGAGCCUCACAUUGUUAGGCUACUCUUACCCACCAUUUGUCAGGGAAUUGAUAGUGAGUAACAAAGCCAAUCAGGUUGCAGAAUUUGUGGUAGAUUGCUUGUUGAGUAACACUAAUUAUAAUUAUAAACUGUAAUUUAAAUCUGUCAAUUACUUUACUCUAGUUUGUGGGUUAAAUUAUAUAAUAAUUUGUAUCAGUUUAAUUAUGUGUCUAAUUAUUUAUUGUUUUUUGAUUAUUUUUAUGUACUUUCUUUUUGUCUUCUCUUGAAGGGAUCUGUGGAAUAUGUGUACUUUUAUAUUGAUACCAUCUUUGGCUUACAUGGGAUGUACAUGGUGUCGUUGUUUGUAUCAUCAUGGGUACUGAGUGGUUCUUGGCUAGCUGGGCUGCUGUCUGCAAGUUUCUAUAUUUUUAACAAGUAAGGUUAUCAUUGAAAGACUUUAAUAUGUUCUUCAAAGGAAACGCUAAUGGCAUUGAUCGAUCAUCACAAAUCCUGAGUGCACCUUGAACACUCCUGACCAAACAUUUUAUUACCUCUUAGUUUACUUCAUGGUAUUCAAUUAAAUGCUAAACUUGAAUAUCUUCUGCUGUGUUUCAGGGAUGAAACUACACGACUGUGGUUUACAAUUCCACUGCGUGAGAGUUUUGGAUUUCCGUUCAUUUUUGCACAACUUGCAUUUAUUACUGUUUACUUUAAGAGGAAUGUUUCUUCACUUGCUCAGGUAUUUUGCAGCUCUUUAAAGUUCUGAAAUUGUUAUUAUUGAUAUGUGGAUGAUUUUGCUUUUCUUCAAAACCUGUCCUGGUCAUAUCCCUUGUGUUAGAGGGGAAGGGGUAGAAUACAAUAAAAAAUCCAACCAGGGAGCACCAUCUGGAUGAGUAAAAGAGCCCAAGGUAUGUGUACAGAGGUGUUCUUGUAAAAAGAUGACAAUCUGGAAUCAUAACCAGUUGGUGUGGAAUCAAGCUGGGAUCAUGAUCAGUUGGUGUGAUGUCUGUACAGAUUUUGCCAACUUAAUAAAUGUUGUUAUAGAUGUAACCUAAUAGUUAGCACUUGUUACAUGAGUAAUUAUUAGUUUGCCAUUUAUUUGGGAGGUUUCAUACCCAGACAAGUGCUUAUAAGUAUGACUAAUGCAAGGGCAUAAGAUUCUUCUUUUUCCUUUUUUUAACUUGGCAGUAAUAUUUUCAUGUCUAAGUUUAAUUGUUUUAAUUUUUCUCCCUAGGCAGUAUGUUUGGUUGGCAUAGCAGUUUCAACAUUUUUCUUUACAUUAGUGUGGCAGUUUGCCCAGUUCAUUCUUCUUUUGGAGUCUAUGGCAUUCUUUGGUACCUAUUCCCUUGGCUUUAUCCCCAAAUAUAAGGUUAGGAAUGCUGUUCUCUUCCCUCAAUAUGAAAUCAUGGUAAUAGUUCAGAGUUCACAAAAAUACCAAUUUUGUCAUCAUCCCUACGAAUUCUUUUUGUUUUUUUUUUUGCUUAACCAACCUAUGUUUUUCAGAAAGGAAACUAGGCUUUUCCUGAAUGCAGGCAUCUACAGUCAGUUCUUCUUUUUCUUUUUUCUCUUUGGCCAACCUGAACCCACUUGCAUGAGAAGGGAUUGAGGCAAUGAGAAAUGAAACAUUUUAUGGAGUGACCUGUGUAUGAAAUGAAUAAUAAAAUCAAGAAAAAGAAGAGAGGAAGAAGAAGAAGAAAUUGAUUUAGGCAAUGCAGUUUCAUUAAAAGACAUUUUUUAAAUUUUUUUCUGAAUCACAGUCAUAUGUUAAAAACUGAAUUAAAUGUUGAGCUUGUUUUUAACAAAUUAAAGUAAAAAAUAUCACAGACAUACAGUCAUGUAGAAGACAACACAUUUCUGCAUUUGAAUACCACAACAGUUACCUUAGAGUUUUUCUCUGAUGUUAUGAACCAAGGAUUGUUGCAUGCUGCUAAUAUCAAAUGUCAUAUCAAGUUAAUGUUCUUUACUUCUUUUUCAGGCUCGCACUAUGUACCUGAUGGUGAUUAGUUCUCUUCUUGGAGUGUGUAUUUUACAGUUUGUGAAUGACAUGAUUCUUUGUUCUCUUGCACUGAGUUUUGCCAUUGCAUCUUUUAUUCUCCUGACUUUCCAUGUGAGUUGUAUAACCUGUUCUAAUUGAUUCAAUAUUUCUAAGUUUACUAGAAAGGUUGGGACAUUUGGUUAAAGUCAUUUUCAGUUGAAAAUGUUUGUUGAGGGUUUUAAUUUUUCAUUGUACAAUACCUGUCUAAGAUUACUUCCUACAAACUUAUGUAUACACACAAAUUUGAAAUAAUGAAAAAAAAAAAUUUUUGAAAUUUGAAAAAAUGCAUGUGACAGUAACCUAGACACGAUAUUUAAAGACACAACCAAACUUAUAUUAAAACAACAACAAAACAGGAAUAAUGGGAAUUAAAAAUAAAGAGAUAUGCCUAAUUGCUCUUGUUGCCUCACUGAUCGAUUAGAAACACCUAGCCUGUUUGAAUUUGAAAAGUAGCUGUGGAGGAAGCGAUUCCUUUUUAUGAAAGGUGCACAGCUCCUGAUUGCAUUGUUUUUCACAUCUCUAAAAUCAUUAUUUUUCCAGAGUGAAGACAAUUCAAAUGAUAGUUUCAUCUACAAAGUGUUGAAGCUUAUCAUCAAUAUUGCUGCUACUUUACUGUUAGCAGGAUGCAUAAGCUUUGUCUCUAAGGUUAGUUCUAACUUUCUUAUACACAAUGUUAUGGGGUCAUGACAGGCUAAGGCAUGUACCCUUGUGGGAGCAUUGCAAAGCAGUUUUUAACCAAGUGUUAAAAUUUUCAGGGGAUGGAUUGGUUUUGCUCCUCUUGUUAAACGAUAAAAAUAGAAAUAUAUUUUAUCGUAUAAGAUCAUUGUAAGGGUUUCUUAUAUUAGUGUUGGAAAAUGAAUGGAAAUAAUAUAUUACCAUAAGCCAUUCAGUAACAAUUAUAAUAAGCCAGUUGAUCAUUUCUUAUUCCUUUUGGCGGUCCUAUCUCACAGGUAGACCUUUUCCUUAUUGUGAUCGUGUAUUCCUGACAUGGAGACAGAUGUUUUUGCGUAAACUGCGGUUUGCGGCUAGAUAUCGGUAUAUUUCCAUUAUGUUGCUGAAUCACCAUAAAUCACCAUCGUCUAAGCCUCAUAUAUUACAAUUAAAGUGAUUUUCUUCAGAAAAUGUUAAGUUUUCCCGUCGUUAACAAUUUAGUCUUGUAAUAAAGAAUGGGUCACGGCUUAUAGCCGGAUGUUUUCGAUUUAUUUUUGGUUCUCGUUAUGCGGAGUCUACACGUGCAAAGUUCAAAGUUUGGGGUCUCGGCUUAUAGCCAAUAAAUGCAGUAUUGCUAUUUUUAUUGUUUAACACUCUACGCUCUGUAAUUCAACCAUUCAGACGCAGUGCAGGUUUUGUCGACUGAGUUAAUAAAUAAAUGUAAAAUGAGCACCGUAUGUGAGUUUCUUAAGCUGACGUUUCGGGCGUUAGCCCUUUUGGCAGAGUGAAUGACUCGAUGACUUCGACAAUCACGUUUUCCCUCACUUCAGACAGUUUUGGUUUUGGUUUUACAACCUCAGUGACUUGUCAUUUUGGCUUUAUCAACUUAAUUCUAAAUUGGCCACCUUAAGGUAACUCCUCAGUUUUCCACGGCGCAUCCUGUAUUGCGCACAAAAAUCACGUAAUCAGGGGAAUAUGCGCGCGCUUUCCGAGAACACGGUUGUUGUUUUUCUAUCUAUGGACCAGAUAAAGAGGUACGGUGGUCUUAAGCUUUUGAAAGAGCACGGUGACCUAUAUUUUUCUCGUUUGCAUAAUUCUGGUAUAAAAUUUAUCCCCUUUCAAUUGGGGAAUUUUUAAAAAAGUUCUUCGAAGGGAAACAAAGAUAAAGCUCGACAAAGCCCAUUACUCCAGGAUGCUAAUUAUGACCUUGAAAGGAACAACUCGAGGAACAUUUUGAGUCGAUGUCAUUUAAAUUUUCGUGAUUUUCCCGCAAGUUAUAUAUUAAAGUUGUCCCAUACGCUAAAGACUCUUCCUAUCAAGUUUUACUUUAAAAACCCUUGUUUCAAGCUGGAGCAAAAUGUAUCGUGAACUGAUGAAAUAACGCGCGUGAUAAGUGCCAGUAGAGGCAUAAAUAGGGUAAGUUUGGCCUUUAAUAUCUCCCAAACAAGCACGGUGACCUAUCUUUUUUAUUGUAUUUUUCGAACAGACAUUGGCAAGGAAUAUUCGAGGAAAGAUUAAAAAAAUAAUUGUUCGAUAACUUUUUUUUCCUGAGGAAUCACCUUAAACAGUUUCGAAAGCUGACAUUUCGAGCGUAAGGUCGUCGUCAGAGCGAAUGAAACUCUUUACGGUAGUCAAUUUAGGAUCAAUAUCAGUAUCUGGGCAACUGCCCACCUACCCCUCCCCUAACUCAACAACAGUCAAUUGAUAACAAGUUAGGGUUAAUGUUGGGUUAGGGGAGUGGUAGGUGGGCAGUUGCCCAGACACUGAUAUUGAUCCUCAAUUUAUAUGAUCAACUCAGAUGAUGAAACCAAAUUAUCUUGUGAUACCUCCACUGACGUAGCACCAUAUUUUCUUUAUUCUUAAGUGACUUGCUUUGUCUGCACUUGUUCCCACUCGUAACAUGUUUUAUAUUUCAUGUGUCUAGUAUUCCUUCUUUGUAUUUUUCCUUGUGUGUUUAACUGUGUCUUGAACUGUUGAAUAGGGUGUCUGCUUCUGUUGUUUGUAGCACUGUAGUCAGUUAAACGUUUAUCCUCUUGCAGGUUAUAUUCAGAAUAAAAUCCGAUGAGCACAUCUUCAAGUUCCUUAAGUCGAAGUUUGGUUACGGUAUUGGAAGGUAUGUUACUAUUGAUUAGAGUUUUUUGAGUUAAACAAACAAAAUGUAUAGAGUUUCCUCUCCUUUUUUCACGAUUACGUAUUCAUUAUCCAGUGGAAGUUUAAUACUGUUUGCUUUGUGAUUUCGAACAAAGCAAAGGGCUAAAUAAAAAGGCUUUUUUGUGCCUGUUGCCCCUAACCAACCCCUAAAAACUUGACUCUCGAAUUUCAUGAAAUUAAAACGAUCAAAGAUUUGGACGCUCCCUUAAGACAUUGCCUAAUAAUUUUCUUGUGAUUUCUCUCCAGGGAUUUCGAUUCGCUGCUGUAUCUUUGUGAAAAAGCAUUUCAGUUCUGUCCCUUGGCUGUCUACUCGAGACUUACCACCGGUGUGGUUUUCCCGUGUUAUGUCGUCUCUUUGUUAGCCGUACUGUUUCUGUUGGCCUAUACUGUAUUCAUGAAUUGGAGGUAAGAUGUUGUGCCUUAACACUUUAACUCCCGUGAAGUGACCAAGACAGAAUUUCUCCUCACAAUAUCAACACAAUAUUAAGAAGAAAAGUGAUGAGAAUUAAGAAACAUAUCAAUCAGGGGACUCUAAGUUCAUCCAAUACCAAAUCCUCCGAACCAACUUUAUAAGAAUUGUAUGGCAGAUAAUAAGGAGAAUUACUUAUGAGAUCUUGGGAGUGAAAGGGUUAACGACGUUUAAUUAUUAAGCUGUUAUCUCUUAUCACAUUUUUUGCUAUAGAAACUUAGAUUCCUUACCAAAUCCCUGUCAUUUAGGUCGUUGCUUCCUUAAUAAAGACUUAAGAUCUUUUAAGCAAAAACGAACAAAAAAGGAACAAGGCCUGCUGAGGUUGUAGAGGAUAGCAAUUUAUUGUAAACGCUGGAAUUUGGCUCAUGCAUAUUUCAAUUUUGCGCAAAUGCCGUUUAUUUUUGUCUGAUUAUCGCGUUAAUAUAUCGACUCCUUCAACCAAUCUUUUCAGAUCUAAACCUAAGGAUACUGCUGAAGAAACCAAAUGUCUUUACCUUAACUCUCAUCCUGAGGUAGUUUAUCAAGCCAUACAGAGCGUUUUCUUUGGUGCUCUAGCUAUCACGACUGUCCGCUUUAAGUAUUUGUGGAUACCGCACAUGUGCCUGUUUGCCGCCGGAAUAUUCUGCAACCAGGCCUUCUGGAAAACGGCUCUGAACAAAGUAGGAAUCAAGCAAAUAUACGUAAGUAUUUUUACUCGAUGCUGCGGAAAUUCAAUUCGUCCAAGAGAAUCUUGACUUGAUCGUGAUUGCGGGGAGUGGCUGAGAGAAGUAACGUUUAAUUAAUUUGGUUCAUCGGGAUAGAGCACUUCUUGAUUGUUUGUCAUGAAACCAAAACUAAAGAAAACAGCCAAUCAGAAGAAAGUAAAGUACCUUUAACAGUCAAUAAGAACGCAAAAUCAAAACAAGUAAAUUGUCGUAAGGGCGGGAAAACGCGGGCGACCAAGUCGCCAUUUGUUUUAGUUUUGCAUCUGAUUGGGUGAGAAAUUGGCGCGAGUUUUCUGGGCCAAUCACUGAGCGAAGUGAAGCAACCAAAGCAAUCCCGGAUUGAUUUCGACACUCAGUUUAAAAUUGCUCAACGAAGCACUCAGGUAGUUUGGGAAGCUCGAAGCAUGCGCAAGAGUUGCCUAAGGCGUAACCGAGAUCAUCUAGAGCUUGAGUGCUCUCUGAACUUUACGAGCGCUUUGUAUCUGGAUGAACUGGCAGCUGACGCAUGAACCAGUUGUUUUGAUAACAUUUUCAACAGAUUUUUCUUUAAUAUUUUAAGAUGAGGGAUUCCCCCUGUUACACUUCAAUGCGUACAUGCACGUCAUCAGCGUGCAUAAUAGGAAUAUGAAGUACUGAUUUAUUAGCUAUAUUACAUAUAACACACUGUGAGGCAAAUCAUAGACACAGUAUCGUAACAUAACGAAAUGCUUAAAGAAAAAUUAGUUGCAGUUUGACUUAACACGCCGAAAGAGACUUCAUAUUCAGAUACUUCACAAUAUCAUUACCACAACUAAGUAUUGACAUUUUUAAGUACGAUAAUGGUCCAUACAGUCAUUGCUUUUUUAUCUCUCUUCCCAGGGAAAGGUCAUGGGUCAUGGCGUUCCUAUUAUGCUUCUUGCUCUUCUGCUAUACAGUGUAAGUAUGGCACUCUUUAGCUGAGGUUGGCAUUUGCUGAAGCCGUUUUCUUUCAGUGUAAAGUUUGUUAUUGUGGUUCCACGACAGAAUGUCUUUUGAAUCUCGAAGUUGUUAAUUUUUAUUGCCUGUUACAAUUUUUAUUCAGCGUCUCCCCAAUGCUCUGAAAGAACUCGAAGAACUGAGAGAAUUCUACGAUCCUGACACUGUACAGUUAAUGAAAUGGAUAAAGUAAGUUCAUUGACUUACCAGCUCGAUUGAGAAUCGUCCAUAACGUCGGAUUUUUCAUAAAGGGGGAGUCACUGUGUCAAACAUAGGAUACCUACCAGAUUAUCAUGUCGACCUUCAAUAAACAGAUUUUAAGCAAGAGGAACCGUCGCAAUGUGGUUCUACGUUCCCAAAACUGACUUGACGUCAACUACAGAACUCUUACUAAUGAGAAUAAUCUUGCGAGAUUUUGAUUGUGCUAACAAAUAAUUACGUGUCUCUAGUGAGAACACCCCUCCAGAUGCUUCGUUCACGGGAAGUAUGCAGUUACUGGCCGGAGUAAAGCUCUGUACAGACCGACACAUCACAAACCAUCCGCACUACGAGAAUAAGUUCCUUAGAGAAAGAACUAAGCAGGUAAUCUCUUGCUAAACAUACAAGCUGAUUCUGUAUUUUAAUCUUUUAGUUUUAAGACACUCCUUCGAGGAUACACUCCAUCUGAGGAUGCACUUUCUGAACGUCCCUUAACCCUUUACACUUAACAUUAGCACUCAUAUUCUCCAUACUGUUCUCUUUAAAUUUUCUGUAGUAAUGAUAUGGAGAAUUUGUGUGACAAUCAGGGGCUACUUAAAUUGGUGAUCAUAUCUUUUAUUCUCCUGAGCUUUAGAUUUGCUCCAAUGGUAAUACUGUAAGGACAAAUUAGAACACAGUCACCCCAAGGGGUAAAAUAUUAAAAAUCACAAUGUCACUUCAUUUAAGUGUCGAAAGUGAUGUGUUACCACAUUGGUUUUACUGUAUUUUGCUCUGUUGGACUGUUGUGAAAAAUCUCGCGCCACUUUCUCUACCAAUCAGAUUCAAAACUAUAAAUUGCGACUUGCCACUUACGUUUUCCCGCGCUUUGGGCAGUGUGCUUUUUUCCGAGUUGAGUUCCUAUUGGCUCCUUGUCAUAAAUUCCCUUGUUUUUGUUUUAAGACACUCAAUCGAAAUGCGCCCUAAAAGUGAAAUGAUGGGAAAUGGGUGGUUGCCGAGAAUAGCGUCGAUGUCACUCGUGUAUGACUUGAAAAUUGUUCAACUUUCUGGUUUGACCAAUAGGACAAAAGUAGGUGAUUUAACUUCUAGUCACCAUUUACACAAAAAUGGAAAAAAAACCAGUUAUUUUGCUUUCUAUCUUCUUCUGUCCUCUUAAGCUGAAGUUCAAAGUACCCUUUGGCUUCUCUGUCAUUAAUCAUAAAAACGGACCAUUGUUUCUCGUGCUUUGUUCAUUUCAGGUUUAUCAAAUUUACGCCCGACGACCGCCCGAAGAAGUCUACAAGAUUCUUCGGCAACACGGCACAGACUACAUUAUUUUAGAAAACAGCAUCUGUCUUUCACAACAAGAUCGGGGUUGCAGGCUUGUCGACCUACUCGAUUUGGAUAAUGGUCACAUGAUCGAGGGCGGCCAGUCAGAGGAAGGAUUGCACUUAACAAAUGUUCCCCGUUUCUGUAAAGCUAUAAAAACAGAUGUUAAGAAUUUUAGUCCGUAUUUUAAGAAAGUUUUUGAAAAUCGUACUUUUUACUUAUACAAACUUUUAUGAAUAUGAACGUGUUUUUGUCAGCUUCAUAUCCAACCUUGUCACUUCGUCACAAUAUAACGGUGGAGGUUUUCCGGCCCAGACAAUGGGUACAAAUGUUAUUAAUGGUUAAAAUUAGUUAGGCCACAAUUGAAUAAACAUCGAUAUUUGAAUUUUGAAAACAGGCUAUGAUCAGCGGUAUUAAUACAGUUAAUAGUAAUCUUUUUAAAGUUUUGUCAAGUUUGAAAGCGUCACAGAAUUCUUGCUUCAUUGCUCAGUUCGUUGAAGGUUAAACGGUCAGAGGCUAAAAGUAUCGCUAGCAUUGAAGAGAACGAGCUCCAGGCCCCAGUUUUUUUCCCGGUCACAUUUCAAUGAC